AUGUGUCUUCUUGUGGUAGGUUGUUGUUUAGCACAGUACCAACCAAACUGGGAGUCCCUCGACAGCAGGCCUCUGCCGGACUGGUACGACGAUGCUAAGAUCGGCAUCUUCAUCCACUGGGGUGUAUUUUCCGUGCCCAGCGUCGGUUACGGACCAUAUGGCAACACUGGGGAAUGGUUUUGGCAGUACUGGAAGGGCUUUAAAAAUAAAAACUAUGUGGACUUCAUGAACAAUAACUAUCCUCCCGGCUUCACGUAUGCUGACUUCGCACCGUUAUUCAAGGCUGAGCUCUUUGACCCAGAUGAAUGGGCCGAGUUAUUGCAGGCGUCCGGAGCCAGGUACGUCGUCUUGACGUCCAAACAUGCAGAGGGCUUCACGAACUGGCAGUCUGAAGUGGCUUGGAACUGGAAUUCGGUGGAUACCGGUCCUCACAGGGACCUUGUCGCUGACCUGGCGGCGGCAGUCCGCGGUAAGACAGACGUCCAUUUCGGUCUUUACCACUGUCUGUACGAGUGGUUCCACCCUUACUACGUUCAGGACAAGAAAAAUAACUUCACUACGAAUGAUUUUCCUAAAACAAAGGCGAUGCCAGAGCUGUAUGAAAUCGUGAAAGCGUACAAGCCGGAUCUAAUCUUCUCGGAUGGGGACUGGGAGGCUCCGGACACUUACUGGAACUCAACAAACUUCUUGGCCUGGCUCUACAAUGAGAGCCCUGUCAAGGAUUAUGUUGUUGUCAACGACAGGUGGGGAAUGAACUGUUCCUGUACCCACGGAGGCUACUACGACUGCAAGGACCGCUAUAACCCAGGUUCCCUACAGAAGCACAAGUGGGAGAACGCUAUGACGAUAGACCGCGAAUCAUGGGGGUACCGCCGGAACGCCGCCCUGGCAGACUACCUGAGUAUUGAGGAAAUACUGGCCACGCUCGCCAUGACCGUUAGCACCGGAGGGAACAUGUUAAUGAACGUGGGACCUUCUGCUGACGGAAGAAUAAAUCCUAUUUUUGAGGAGAGACUUCGUCAGAUGGGACAGUGGCUGGGAGUGAACGGGGAGGCGAUAUACAAGACAAAACCUUGGGUGCAUCAGAACGAUACCAGAACACCCGGUAUCUGGUACACGACCAGUAAAGCCAGUCCCGUGGUGUACGUCUUCUUCCAGACAUGGCCGGACCAGGGCGAGCUCUACCUGGGGGCACCCGCUACCACACAGUCAACCACGGUCAGCCUGAUAGGCUACCCUGGCAACUUCACUUGGGAUGCCACCAACCCCACCGGCAUCAACAUCUACUUCCCAGCUAUCCCAUAUAACAAGAUGCCAUGCCUUUGGGGGUGGAUUAUAAAAUUAGAAAAUCUCGCCAAUUAAUCUUUCAACGUUAGAUUUAACGUAUCAGUCAAGGCUUUAUUU